AUGUUGCAGUCCUACAGUACUGAAAAGAGAGAGGUGGUCAGCUUUGGACAUGCUGCAGUUGCUUCCAGGGCGCGAUACAGCUACGUCUUCUAUGCAGAGAUACAGAAAGAUGGGCUUUCUGGCAGAGACCAGCCAGUAGAGCUGUUGAAUCCACCUAGAGUGAACCACAUGCCUAGUUCUGUUGAUGUGACCACAGCACUGCCCUUGCAAGUUGCACCGACUUCAGUCCCGAUGGAUCUGCGUUUGGACCACCAGUUUUCCAUGCCUGUGACGGAGCCGACGCUGCGGGAACAGCAGCUCCAGCAGGAGCUCCUGGCGCUGAAGCAGAAGCAGCAGAUCCAGAGGCAGAUCCUCAUCGCCGAGUUCCAGCGGCAGCAUGAGCAGCUCUCCCGGCAGCACGAGGCCCAGCUGCAUGAGCACAUCAAACAGCAGCAGGAGAUGCUGGCAAUGAAGCAUCAGCAGGAGCUGUUGGAGCACCAAAGGAAGUUGGAGCAGCACCGACAGGAGCAGGAGCUGGAGAAACAGCACCGAGAGCAGAAACUUCAGCAGUUAAAAAACAAAGAGAAAGGAAAAGAGAGUGCAGUGGCAAGCACAGAAGUAAAGAUGAAAUUGCAAGAAUUUGUCUUAAAUAAGAAGAAGGCAUUGGCACACCGGAAUCUCAACCACUGCAUAUCCAGUGACCCUCGCUUCUGGUAUGGGAAGACACAGCACAGCUCUCUGGACCAGAGCUCCCCACCCCAAAGUGGCGUAUCUGGCACCUACAAUCACCCUGUACUGGGGAUGUAUGAUUCCAAAGAUGACUUCCCACUCAGAAAAACAGCAUCUGAACCCAACCUGAAGUUACGAUCCAGACUAAAGCAAAAAGUUGCUGAGAGACGAAGCAGUCCCCUCCUGCGCAGGAAAGAUGGGCCGGUGGUCACCGCUCUGAAGAAGCGCCCGCUGGAUGUCACAGGUGCGUCGGACUCUGCAUGCAACAGUGCUCCUGGAUCUGGUCCCAGCUCUCCAAACAACAGCUCCAAUAACAUAAGCACCGAGAAUGGAAUUGCAGGAUCAGUCACGAGUAUUCAAGCAGAGACCAGCCUGGCUCACAGACUUGUGAAUCGUGAGGGCUCAGUAACACAGCUUCCUCUCUACACAUCUCCUUCUUUGCCCAACAUCACGCUAGGACUGCCUGCAACUGGCCCUUCCAGUGGAGGAUCAGCGCAGCAGGAUGCGGAGAGACUUGCUAUCCCAACCUUACAGCAGCGGAUCUCUUUAUUUCCUGGCACUCACCUCACUCCUUACUUGAGCACUACAACGCUGGAAAGAGAUGGGGGAACUGCACAUAACCCUCUUCUGCAACACAUGGUCUUACUGGAACAGCCAGCUGCACAAACACCCUUAGUCACAGACUGGUAUCUUUCAGGACUGCCCCUCCAUGCACAGUCUUUGGUUGGUGGAGAACGGGUCUCCCCUUCAAUACACAAACUCCGGCAGCAUCGCCCGCUGGGGCGCACGCAGUCUGCUCCCCUUCCCCAGAACGCCCAGGCCCUUCAGCAGUUAGUGAUCCAGCAGCAGCACCAGCAGUUCUUGGAGAAACACAAACAGCAAUUCCAGCAACAGCAACUGCACAUCAACAAGAUUAUAUCAAAACCCAACGAACCAGCUCGCCAGCAUGAAAGCCACCCUGAGGAGACAGAAGAAGAGUUACGAGAGCACCAAGCCCUUUUGGAGGAGCCAUACAGUGACAGGGUUGCAAGCCAGAAGGAGGCCCCAGGGCUGGCCAGUGUGGUGCAAGUAAAGCAAGAACCCAUUGAGAGCGAUGAGGAGGAAGCAGAGCCACAGCAGGAGCUGGAGUCUGGACAGAGGCAGGCUGAGCAGGAGCUGCUCUUCCGUCAGCAAGCUCUUCUGUUGGAGCAGCAGCGUAUUCACCAGCUGAGAAACUACCAGGCAUCUCUGGAGGCAGCUGGCAUGCCCGUUUCAUUUGGAGGGCAUCGGCCUCUGUCUCGUGCACAGUCCUCACCUGCCUCCGCCACCUUCCCGAUGUCUGUACAGGAGCCACCCACUAAGCCAAGGUUCACAACAGGCCUUGUAUAUGACACCUUGAUGCUAAAACACCAGUGUACCUGUGGAAACACAAACAGCCACCCAGAGCAUGCAGGGAGGAUCCAGAGCAUCUGGUCCCGGCUCCAGGAGACGGGUCUCCGUGGCAAGUGCGAGUGCAUUCGUGGAAGAAAAGCAACCCUAGAAGAGCUACAGACAGUUCACUCAGAAGCCCAUACCCUGCUGUAUGGCACAAACCCUCUGAACAGACAGAAACUGGACAGCAAGAAACUUCUAGGUUCUCUAACGUCUAUGUUUGUCAGGCUUCCUUGUGGUGGUGUCGGGGUUGACAGUGACACAAUUUGGAAUGAAGUUCACUCCUCCGGUGCCGCUCGCCUGGCCGUAGGCUGUGUCAUUGAGCUCGUUUUCAAAGUAGCCACAGGAGAACUGAAGAAUGGAUUUGCUGUUGUUCGGCCUCCAGGUCACCAUGCAGAGGAGAGCACACCCAUGGGUUUCUGCUAUUUUAACUCUGUGGCAAUUGCAGCCAAGCUGCUCCAGCAAAGGCUGAAUGUUAGCAAAAUCCUUAUAGUGGACUGGGAUGUUCACCAUGGGAAUGGUACUCAACAAGCUUUCUACAAUGAUCCUAAUGUUCUUUAUAUUUCACUACAUCGCUAUGAUGAUGGGAACUUCUUUCCAGGCAGUGGUGCUCCCGACGAGGUUGGCACAGGAGCAGGCAUUGGUUUCAAUGUUAACAUGGCCUUUACUGGUGGCCUCGAUCCACCGAUGGGAGACACAGAAUACUUAACUGCCUUCAGAACGGUAAUAAUGCCCAUUGCCAAUGAAUUUGCCCCAGAUGUCGUGCUGGUGUCAUCUGGUUUUGAUGCAGUGGAAGGCCAUCCCACACCUCUUGGAGGAUAUAAUCUAUCAGCAAAAUGCUUCGGGUACCUGACAAAGCAGCUGAUGGGCCUGGCCGGGGGUCGCGUCGUGCUGGCCCUGGAAGGAGGCCAUGACCUGACUGCCAUUUGUGAUGCCUCGGAAGCGUGUGUUGCUGCCUUGCUGGGAAAUGAGCUUGACCCUCUCCCAGAAAAAGUUUUCCAGCAGAGACCAAACGCUAAUGCAGUGCAUUCAAUGGAGAAAGUAAUUGAGAUACACAGCAAGUAUUGGCAUUCACUCCAGCGUUAUGCCUCUACAGUGGGGUACUCCCUGGUUGAGGCUCAGAAGUGCGAGAAUGAGGAAGCAGAAACAGUAACAGCCAUGGCAUCUCUGUCAGUGGGGGUGAAACCAGCUGAGAAGAGACCCGAUGAUGAACCCAUGGAAGAAGAACCUCCCCUGUAG